GUAAAUAUGUUUUUGAAAAAGAGCGAAGAAAAAAAUUUAAAAAAGAAAAACAAGAAAGCAUGCAAAAUCAAAGUUAGAGCAAUUCAUUUGAUUAGUAAUUGAAAAAUAAUAUGGUUUGGGAUCCAUGUCUAACUGAGAAAAAGUUUUAGUCCCAUAGGUUGCUGACCAGUGGCAAUUAAAGACCCUUUUUGAGGGCGACUCAUAGAGGGGUCAGUAUGGGCUCUGCUUAUUCCUCCUCAUGCUCUAGCUCUUCUGCUCUUACCGCACAUUCCAUCUCCUCUGCUUUCCCUUUCAAAUCACUCUCUAAACCAUCAACAAAACCUUUCUUCAGAUUCAUUCCCACCAACCGAAUCUUUCAGACCCAUCUCUUGAAACCCAUAAAUAUCAUGUCUCAACCUUCACAGUUUUCGCCUCUCAAGUCCGGGAAAGCUGAAGGAUUGGUCAGCCAUGUGGGGUUUGACACGAAUCCUGUAGUGGACUUUCAUGGGAUUGAUCAAAAACUGGUUGAUAAGAUGGUCUACGAUGCUCUUAUUUGGAGCUCUCUUCAUGGGCUCGUUAUUGGUGACAAGUCUGUUCCGGGAUCUGGAAAUGUACCAGGUAUUGGCAUGGUACAUGCACCAUUUGCUUUGUUGCCCAUGCCAUUCCCUGAACGUCAUUGGAAACAAGCAUGUGAGGUAGCCCCAAUAUUUAGUGAACUCUUUGACCGCGUGAGUUUGGAUGGAAAAUUUCUGCAUGAUUCACUGUCCAGAACUAAGAAAGUGGAUAGUUUUACCUCAAGACUUCUAGAUAUCCACUCCAAGAUGCUAGAGAUUAACAAGAAAGAGGAAAUACGCUUAGGUUUACAUCGCUCAGAUUAUAUGCUUGAUGAGCAGACUAAGCUACUACUUCAGAUAGAGAUGAACACAAUUUCAUCUUCAUUUCCUGGUCUCAGCUGUCUUGUCAGUGAGCUUCACAGGAGUUUGCUUGAUCACUAUGGAGAAUUUCUUCAAUUAGAAUCCGCAAGGAUUCCUGGUAAUCCAUCUGUCAGUCGAUUUGCAGAUGCACUGGCUAAAGCUUGGGUGGAGUAUAAUAACCCCAGGUCUGUUGUUUUGGUUGUGGUUCAGGCAGAAGAGCAUAACAUGUAUGAUCAACAUUGGCUUUUUUCAGUGCUAAAAGAAAGACAUAAUAUUACAAGUAUUCGGAAAACCUUGGCUGAAAUUGAUGCAGAAGGGGAACUUCUAGCAGAUGGAACGCUUUCCGUGAGUCGCCAAGAAGUUGCAAUUGUAUACUUUAGAGCCGGGUAUACACCAAAUGAUUAUCCAUCUGAAUCAGAAUGGAAAGCUAGGCUACUUAUGGAGCGGUCAUCUGCUAUCAAAUGUCCAUCAAUAUCUUAUCACCUAGCAGGCACCAAAAAGAUUCAACAAGAACUUGCGAAACCCAACAUACUUGAGAGGUUUCUUGACAACAAGGAGGAUAUUGUGAAACUGCGAAAAUGCUUUGCUGGUCUUUGGAGUUUGGAUGACUCUGAUGUUGUCAGCAAAGCCAUUGAAAGACCACAUUUAUUUGUGAUGAAACCCCAAAGAGAAGGCGGAGGGAACAAUAUUUAUGGAAAUGAUGUGAGGGAAACCCUUAUAAGACUGCAAAAGGAAGGGAAAGAAGAAGAUGCUGCUUACAUCCUUAUGCAGCGGAUAUUCCCUACUGUUUCUCCCACAUUCUUGCUGCGAGAUGGUAUUUGUCAUAAAGAUAAUGCCAUAUCAGAACUUGGAAUAUUCGGUGCUUAUUUAAGGAACAAAGAUAAGGUUAUCAUAAAUGACCAAUGUGGUUACCUAAUGCGAACAAAGGUAUCUUCAUCAGAUGAAGGUGGGGUUGCAGCUGGGUUUGCAGUCUUAGACAGCAUAUAUCUAACUUGAGGAAACCUGCUUUCUAGUUCAAUGUUCGAUAUGCCAAGCCAAGGAGCUUGUGAAUAGCUUGUAUACAUGCAAAAACCUAUUCAGUUCAAUGCCUGAAAAUGAGAGUUCAAGUAUGUGAUGGUAGAUUGGCCUUUGUUUCUAGCUUACUUUUUACAAAAUAAAUAUUAGUAUGAAAGUUCACCAUUCA